AUGAGUGAAGAAACCUCUAGAGAAUCAAGUGCUAGUGAUAUUAAUAGUUUGACAGAGAACACUACUAUUACAAACAACAUAGUUGACAAGGAAGAGAUAGAAAGUGUUUUGAGUAACGUUGAUUCAAAUCGUAAUUCAAAUUUAUCAGAAUAUUGUAUUUCUAGUGACGCAGAGACUGAAAAGAUGGAACUCAAUGAGAAAUCAAGUGAUCAAAAUGGUGAUGAGUUAGACGCUCAUCAUCCGAAAUUAUCUGACUUGAUUCCAAGUAAUGAAGAAAAUGGUGUUUCUUUGAAAAGAGUUAACGAAGAGAUUAAUGAGAAUGGCGAUAUUAAAAGAAUUAAACUAGAGAAGGAAUCUGAGAAAGCUGAUCCUUCUAUUUCAGAGACAACUGAUAUUGUCGAUGCUCCGAUCGAACAGGAAGAAAAGAAAGUCGAAAUUCAAGCACCAUCAGAAGUAGAAGAUAGUAAUGAAACAAAGGAAACAACUACAGAUAAUGAACCAAAUGUUUCAAAUAAUAUCAACGAUAAUAAAGGAACUCAUGCCGAAGUUGAAACUAGUGCUAUAGCCAUCGAACCAGAGGUUAAGGGUGAUACUACCGAGGUUUCCGUUACUGAGGAGUCAACAAAAUCUGAAAAUCAUCGAACUGAAAAUGAAUUCGAAGAAGUUGAAGCUGAAGUUGAAGAUUCACCAGAAGAUGAAGACGAAGAUGAAGACGAAGUCGAAGAUGAAGAAGAAGAAGAGGAGGAAGAGGAAGAGGAAGAGGAUGAAGUGGAAGAACAAGAUAAGUUAAGCAAAAUGAUGCCUUCCCCAAUGGAGUUAGAAGAGACAAGGUUAAGUGCACUAAAAGAUAUAACAGAUAUCGAAUACAAAUUUGCAGAAUUAAGACAAAAAUUAUAUGAAAACAAGUUGGUAAAACUUCAAACAGAAUUGCAAAUGUGUUUGGAAGGAUCACACCCAGAACUGCAAAAUUAUUAUACUAAGAUUGCCUCAAUAAGGGAUUAUAAACUACGUAGAGCUUAUAAUUUACAAAAAUAUGAGUUGAAAUGUAUUGACAAAGAGACAAGAGCCACAAGGACUUUUAUCCAUCAAGAUUUUUACAAAAGAGUGACUGACCUCAGAAACAAUUUAUUGACUGACACUACACAAAAGUGGUAUGAUAUCAAUAAAGAAAGAAGAGAUAUGGAUAUAAUAGUGCCUGAUAUCAAUUAUCAUAUUCCAAUUAAGAUGACUGGGAAAACAUUAAGUUGCAUAACAGGUUAUGCUGGUCCUGCUCAGCAAAGAUAUCCUGGUGAACCAUUAAGUGAAGAUCUAGAGUGUGAAAACAUCCAAUUCCGUUAUAGAUCCAAUCCUGUAGAUAAACUAGAGGUAAUUGUUGACAGAAUGAGGUUAAAUAAUGAGUUAAGUGAUCUUGAAGGUUUGACACAGUUUUAUAAAGGUUUCCCAGGUGCGCCAGAUUUGAACGGUUUACGUGAUUCAGAAGUUAUGGAUGAUAUCCAAUUUAUAAGAAAAGGAUAG